GCGUCAGUUGUGCAUGUGGGUGUUGGCAUGGAAUCCAAGUGAUAAUUUUAGGACAAAUCUGGGAAGCAGUGUAAUGUUAGUAGGUAAUAUAAAUGACAGGAGAUAUUGAUAUGAGUGGUCCGUGGAGGGUUGAAGGCGGAUGAACUUCACUACCCGCUUACCCCGCUUCAAGUGCAUGCACUUUGGGCGUCCAAUGAAAAAAGGACAAUGUGACGUAUGACGGCCGGCCGGGAACGUGGGUGUUGUGGACACUCACUCAGAGGCCUAUCCCGGAGCCUUGGGCAAAGUGGGAAUAAGUUUGAAAGUUGCAAGCACGUUAGGAUUUGCGGUGAAGCGUGUCGUAAUAACACCUACAAACUACCAGGAUCUGAUCAUUUGACACGAUGAUCCUAAAGCAGAUCCGGGAGUAGUACCUUUAUAUACCCUGGUCACAGCUGCAGAGGAAUCUCAGACUUGAGAUAGCAAUGUCUGCGAUGCACUUUCUCCACUACUGCCUGAUAGUGUUGCUCUGCUCUCUCAGCGUCGCCCUGUGCUGGCCCUUCAAACAUAGGACUGGACAGAAGAAACUCAGAAUGUAUGAAAGAGAUCCUGACUUUAUAGGCAGUACGACAAACCUUUUAGUGAAACUUCAGCCACAUAAUCCAAGUCGGAGAAAGCAAGGACCAUUCAAACGCAAUUACCAUGAUGUCUUCUCACAACCUCAAACACCUAUACCAAGCCACUCUUCUUGUCACCACACCUCGUCUUACACAUCCAUGUUCGACAACACAGGACCUAUAGAAGUAUUUCGACCUAGAAAGUCUCCAUGCGAGCAAGAGGAUGGUACGAAGUUAAUACAAUGCAAAUCCAACAAGUCCCAGUGUAUUCAUGAAUACAUGAUCUGUGACGACCACAAGAACUGCGACGGUGGAGAGGAUGAAGACCCGGGAUCGUGCUUGCUGAGGGUCUGGAUUCUCAAAUGGAUGAAGAGGAUUGAAAAGUCUAUAAAACAAUAAUAGCGAUUCCUAUUGCUACACAAUGCUCUCCUCACUAACCCAUACCCUCCAAGGCUUCGACAUGGGUUGAUUAAAUAUGCAUAUUUUAUUUGCUGACGUUUUUAACUAUAUGCAACCUUCUGCUCAGUGAACUCCAAAACCAGUGAGCCAAGUCUUCUGUGUGAGACUCAGUCAAGACAUAUCACUAUAGCUUUCCCGUGAGGAUCGCCUGAAAAUGUUGGAAGAUACAGCAGCUCGAAGCCCACGUGUCGUCAUGCAUUGCUUUGGACGCAUCAAUGACGGGGACGUCAACAACUUGAGCAGUGACGGAACGACAGCAACAUCAAGUAGCAGCUGCAGCAGUGAGCAACAGUCGAAGCGAUGGCGCAAAUACGAUAAUCAAGACUUCGGCCUUUUGAACGCUUCUCCAAUGUGCAUUCUGUUUUCGAAAAAGCGUUCAUUCCAAUGUCGUAUUGUGUCAUGCAUCAUUUCAGUGACUUGACUUGACACUUUACAUAUCAAUGAGCAAGAUAUCUGAUGAUGUAAACACGCAUUCCUGUGCUAUUUACAAAGGGUUAGGAACAUUACGGCAAGUGUUGUGUUCGCCCUUGCAUAGGGAUGCACAACAUUAGGUGGUAUAGUUGUUACUACGGUACACAACACACGCCGUUACCUGUAACGAUGAAGCUAUGAAAUAGUGUUCCAAGUAGCCAGCCGACCAAUGGAAUCUCAAGGGGUUCACAUCCGUCACACGGUGUAUCCAGGUGUAUCUACCAAAGUAUUCUUUUUACCUUUAUAUUUAUAUUGCAUCGUCAUGCAUAAUGCAUCGUAAUCUAUUGUGGUACCGAAAGUAAACUAUCGAGUCGUGAAAUUGCUGUAACGAUUUAGUUACCAUGUAACCUAUGUACAGUGAAAGAUCAUUUAGUAUGGAUGAUGUACAAUGUACCUCUGGAAAAUAUUGUUUGAUCGGCAUUCUAGAAGUUGGUGAGUCAACAAAAUCUGGAAAAUAUGUUUAAUAAAAGCGAAAAACAUUGUCAUAGCCACAAGAAAUAUCUGCUGGAAGCAGACUCGAAUAUAUUAUACAGACUGUUAUCGUAUUGUGUAUUCAUUUUCUGACGAAAACAUUUAUUUUGGUUUUCAAAGUGACAUCCUCAUCAGAGUCAAUCGAUUUAUGUAAUGACAUAUUUUAUUUGACAACAGUUAUGUGAAUUCCAUUUAAACUAUGAAAUAGUGUUCCCAGACGAAUCAGGAGGUACCUGCAGUGUCAUGUGUGUCUAUCAAGUGUUAUUGGUAUUAAAGAAAAACACCGUCUAGACAUUUAAAAAACACAUCAUGACAACAUGCUAAAACAAACUUAACUUUAAUCCAUGUGUAAUUACAGUAUUUAACAAAGAAGAAAAGAAAAUACGUAAAUAUGUAUUUUACAUUUCCUAGUACAUGUGUUGCAUUGGAUGUACAACACAUCUACAAUGUGGCGAAGGUACAACGUGUACAGCUACCCGCUUGUCGCCGUCAAGGCCUCAUAUACUAAUUCGUGUUGUAAAAGUUAUUGUGUGGUGUUCGCCGGAUUAUUCAUCAUAAUAAUGCAAUCUUUGCUUGUUUUUUCGGAUCUUAUUUGAACAAACUGUGCAAUAUAUUGUUAUUAGCCUAUAGUGUUUGAAAUGUUUUCAACAUGUUUCAAGAAGUUAUUAAUACGAGAUUAUUUAAGAUUAUUUUGUUUAGACUUUGUUCUGAAUAAAGUUAUUUUGAUUACUAA